AUGAGGAAGCAAUUGGAUCCGCGGAUAGCGGCGCUGAUCCGAUCCAGCAUCCACACCUCUCACCGAUCCUUUGUCGUGCUCGUAGGAGAUCAUUCGCGCGAUCAAAUCGUCAAUCUGCAUUUCCUGCUCUCUCAAUCGCGCACCACUGCGCGUCCAUCGGUGUUGUGGUGCUACAAGUCCGACUUGGGCUUCACCACGCAUCGCAAGAAACGCGAAGCCAAGAUCAAGCGGGACAUGCAGAGGGGUAUCAGGGACAAGGAUGCCAACAACAUGACGCCCUUUGAAUUGUUCAUCGGAGUGACAGAGAUACGUUAUUGCUACUACAAGGAGACGGAAAAGAUUUUGGGAAACACGUUUGGAAUGCUCGUCUUGCAGGACUUUGAAGCUGUCACGCCCAACAUCCUCGCUAGAACCAUAGAGACGGUCGAAGGCGGAGGUGUGGUGGUGCUCAUGCUCAAGACGAUGACCAGUCUGAGACAGCUGUAUGGGGCCGCCAUGGUGAGUGGGCGUGGGCGUGGGUGCGUGGGUGCGUGGGUGGGUGCGUGCGCGGGCAGCGGGUGACUCAUGCCCACCCAUUUCUCGCUCCGCAUGACAGGAUGUGCACAAAUCCUAUCGCUCCUCCUUUGAUUCGGCCGAACCCGUAGCUCGCUUCAAUGAGCGCUUCUUGCUCUCCCUAGCAGCUUGCAAUAGGGCCCUGUUCUUGGAUGACGAGCUCAACGUCUUGCCAGUGUCCAGAGGGAGAGACAUUUCCAUCGAAGCUUCCUCAACCGCACCAGGUGCGCUCAAGAGCAAGUCGGAGCAGGAGCUGGAGUGGAUCAAGGCGGAGACCAAGAGCACGCCUGUUGUUGGAGAUGUGGUCCGGCAUUGCAAGACGCGAGAUCAGGUGAGCGUGUGGCGAGCUGCAGUGCGCAGAUGAAGCGCGACUCAACUCAACUCGGCCCAACCCCACGCACCAUCACAGGCAAAAGUCGUCUUGACCAUUCUGGACAUUUUGAGCAGCUCACAGCUCUCCACCACCGUCGCAUUGACCGCAGGUAGAGGGCGCGGCAAAUCGGCCGCUCUGGGCUUGUGCAUAGCGGCUGCGGUGGUGCACGGCUACUCUAACAUCUUUGUCACCUCGCCAGCUCCAUCCAAUCUCAAGACGCUGUUCGAAUUCCUCUUCAAGGGCUUGGCAGCGUUGGGCUACGAAGAAGUGUCGGAUUGGUCCGUACAAAAGGGAGUGAAGGAGUUCAAGGAUCACGUCGUUCGCGUCAACAUCUUCAAGCACCAUAGACAGACGAUUCAGUACAUCGAUCCCAACGACAACAAUACGCUCGGACAGGCGGAAUUGGUGGUGGUGGAUGAGGCGGCUGCUAUUCCUCUACCGGUCCUCAAACGCCUGCUGGGACCGUACCUCGUCUUUCUUUCUAGCACCAUCAACGGCUACGAAGGAACGGGCAGGAGCCUGAGCUUAAAGCUGUUGCAGCAAUUACGAGGCGGUGGGAAUGCGCACCAAAAUCAAGAUACUGAUGCGGCGGCGCUGGUUCGCAACAGCUCCAAAGAUGCAUCUUCGAGAAUCACGGGCAAAGCUUUGAGCGCUGAAGGAGCUGCUGGCAUGUCGACGAUUCGAUCGUUGAAAGAGGUGCAGCUGAACGAACCCAUUCGGUACGCUGGUGGCGAUGCGGUGGAGAGGUGGCUGCACGAGCUGCUCUGUCUAGACGCAUCUUUGACGCCUCUGAGCGCUCACAGCUCGCCACAUCCUUCGUCGUGCCAGCUCUAUGGAGUCAAUAGGGACGCCCUCUUUUCUUAUCACGCCGCUUCCGAAGUCUUUUUGCAGCGCAUCAUGGCGCUGUACGUCGCUGCGCACUACAAGAACAGCCCCAACGACUUGCAACUCAUGUCGGACGCUCCUGCACAUCGUUUGUUCGUGCUACUCGGUCCGUCGGACAAGACGCAGAAGCAGCAAUUGCCCGAACCGCUAGCUGUGAUGCAGGUUGCGCUCGAGGGAAACAUUUCCAACGAAAUCAUCAUGAGGAGCUUGGCUAGGGGACAGAGGGAAGCGGGAGAUCUGAUUCCUUGGCUGAUCGCGCAGCAAUACCAAGAUGACGAAUUUGCGGGGCUAUCGGGAGCUAGAAUCGUCCGGGUUGCUGUGCACCCCGACCAUGCUGGGGCAGGUUACGGCACGCGAGCUGUCGAGCUGCUCCGAGAAUUUUACAAGGGCGGACUGCUGGAUGCGGAUGCGCUGGCUAGGAGACAAGCGAAUGCUAGCGCGCAAGCACGAGACGAAGAGACGUUCGAAAAGAUUCGCGAUGAUGCGCUUCUGGGCGCGAACGACGCGUCGAUAUCGAUCAGGGAUGCGCACCGCAUGCCUGCGCUUCUGGAAAGGCUGGAAGAGAGAAGACCGGAAAGGUUGGACUGGAUCGGCGUUUCUUUUGGCCACACGCCUGCGCUGUUUAGAUUCUGGAAGAGGGCCGGUUACGUUCCGCUCUAUGUGCGCCAACAAGCGUCGGAAUUGACCGGGGAACAUUCGACGUUGAUGCUGCGCGGCUUGGAGGUGCAGCAGCAGCAAGAGGGCCAAGUACAGCAGGAACAAGGACCGGAAUGGCUCAGCGCUUUUGCUAGCGAUUUUGUUCGACGUUUCAUCAGCCUCUUGGCUGGACGUUUCAGGGCGCUGGAUUGUGUACCGGCGCUGGCUGUCCUGGAAGCGGCUAGCAGCGCAUCGAACGACUCGAAAGCGGACCGACUCACCCUGCAAGAGCUUCGAGUGCAUUUCUCGCCCUUUGAUAUCAAGAGGCUAGAGGCGUACAGCAAUUCGAUGAUCGAGCUGCCCACCAUUCUGGACCUCUUGCCCGCUCUCGCCUCGCUCUACUUUACGCGCAGGUUGCAGGCCGUUGCGGAAGGGAUCGGGAGCGAAGAGGGGCCGAGAGGAGAAGAGAGGACGCGAACGGGGACGAAGAUGUUGGAAUUGGGAGCGCUGCAGAGCAGCUUGCUGUUGGCCGUGGCGCUGCAGAAAAAGGACCUGGAGGAGCUUCAGAGCGAGAUUGGAUUGAUGAAGAAUCAGACCAACGCUUUGAUGCUCAAGGCUGUCAGGAAGAUGCUGGGCUCUGUCAAGAUGGUGGAGGAGCAGGAGGUGGCGAGAAAGAUGGGACUGAGAGCAUUGCAGAGUGGAAAGGGCGCUAAUGGGGCGUUUGAACCUCUGCGACGGGAUGUGCAGCAGGACUUCGAGGAGGCCGAACAGACGGGCGACGAUGGUGAGGGAGAUGGGGACGAGAAGAAGGAGGAAGAGGAGGAGGAGGAAGAGGAGGAACCUGCGCAGAGCGCUCUGGAUCGCAAGGAAUUUGCGGCCAAGCAGGCGCUACCCCGAGCGUUGGAAAAGUACGCCAUUGAUAAAGAGGGGCGCGAUUGGACCGAUGCGGAAGCUCAAGUUCAACGCGCCAUUGCGCUCGGGACGAGUGCGAGCGCUAGUACGACGGAGCAGGGAAGAAGCGGUAAGGCGCAGACGAUCGUCAGCGUCAAGGGCGCGCCUGCGCCCGCUUCUUUCUCGUACACCGGGAAAGAGCAGCGCAGCAAUGGUGGCAAGAAGAGGAGAGAAGACAAUGGUGGAGACAAGAAGUCCAAAAAGACAAAGAGGAGAUAG